CCUAAAGAAUUGUAUUUUUGCGUGAAUUGCUCAUUUAAUUCUGACGACUUUUAGAUUUUAUUCAAAUCAUUACUUCGUUCUUUUACGAAGUAGUUUUCACAAAAAAGGUCUCCACAAGGAUUUACAAUUACUGAGGAGAUUAUUUGGCCCCUAAAAAAACAUAAUAGCCUACAAACUUGUAUGGCGCGUGCGCGCGGAAACGCACUUUAAUUACAACCAUAUUUCAUUAAUACUACGAAGUAUAAUACCUCAGUGAAUUUAAGGACCGCAUUUGUUUUAUUAUCACCACUCGCCAUACUUAUUUUGUGUGUAUGUUAACUUAAGCGCACGAGGAAGUUAAAAACCGCUACGUCUGCAGUAGGAGUGAAGGGGGCGGCGUGAAUGUGGUUGUGGAUGGAAGACAUAAGAAAACUACUGCAAACCUUUGAACCUCCUUCCUUUGUUAUCACAAAAAAUCACGGGACAGUCACCGCUCGUAAAGACAGUCAUGGAGACCUGACACAGAAAGAGGGUUUGAGGAACAUGUGAUUGUUCAGAGAGCAGAAAAGCUGCGAGUCGAGCAAAGGGAAGGGAAACUGUUUUUCCCGGAUGCGCUUUCUGACUGGUUUGUAUCGGUUUUCCCAAAGCUGGCAUUCCUUUGCUAUGAUCUUGUUCAGACUGAAACAAAUAAUUUCUUGUUAUAUUUCUUUAUGCAGAUAUUUAAGGGCUUCAUUCUUGAUUUCGAAACUUUAUGGUGCUGACAAUUUUCGGGAUCAGUAAUCCAUAUUAAUCAGAAAAUCUUUUAAUCCACCUCAGAAACCUUGAAUUUGGGGGUCUCUGAGGAUUUAUUGGUCUAAAAGAGAAACUCAAAAUUUUCCUGUAAAAAUGACAUCUGUGCAUUUCAACCCUGGGUUGGAUUCAAAGGAAGUUAAUAGUAAUGGGGUGAAAGAGGAGGCAGAGGUGCGGAUCGAUGAUGGAAAGGAAGAAACUGAGGACCCAGACACCAUGUACCAUCAUGUCCGUAAAACUAUAGCUCCUUUUGUGAUGUCUUUUGGUUUUCGUGUUUUUGGCCUGGUACUGAUCAUUGUGGAUAUUGUUCUGGUCAUUGUGGACUUGUCCCUUUCCAACGGUAGUGACGAUGUUAGAAGUGCAAUGGAGGCCGUUUCUCUUGUCAUCUCCUUCUUUUUCCUCAUUGAUGUACUGCUCCGUGUAUAUGUGGAAGGAUUCAAAGUGUAUUUCAGCUCAAAACUGAAUAUAGUAGAUGCUUCUAUUGUGGUCGUUACCCUGGUGGUCACCAUGAUCUACACAUUCACCGAUCUCUCCGGAGCUAGCCUGAUUCCCAGGUUGGUCACUUUCCUGAGAUCUCUGAGGAUUUUGAUUCUGGUACGUGUCUUCAGACUGGCCUCUCAGAAGAAAGAGCUUGAGAAGGUCACCAGGAGAAUGGUGUCCGAGAACAAAAGACGGUACCAAAAAGAUGGAUUUGAUCUGGACCUCACUUAUGUCACAGAAAGAGUCAUUGCCAUGUCUUUUCCAUCCUCUGGGAAGCAGGCGCUCUAUAGGAACCCAAUCAAAGAGGUCGCUAGAUUCCUGGACACCAAACAUCUGGAUCAUUACAAGGUGUUUAACCUCUGUAGUGAGAAGGGUUACGAUCCAAAGUUCUUUCACUAUAGAGUGGAGCGUGUUAUGAUAGAUGACCAUAACGUGCCGUCACUUGAAGAUAUGCUGCGGUACACGGCCUGUGUUAGAGAGUGGAUGGCGGCAGACUCCAGAAAUGUGAUCGCCAUCCAUUGCAAAGGAGGAAAAGGGCGGACUGGGACUUUGGUGUGCACGUGGCUCAUUGACAGCGAUCAGUUUGAGAGUGCGCAGGAGAGUUUGGACUACUUUGGGGAGAGACGGACUGAUAAAAAUAUGAGUUCGAAGUUCCAGGGUGUUGAAACUCCCUCACAGAGUAGGUACGUCGGUUAUUAUGAGAUCAUGAAGAACCAGUACAACCGUCAGCUACCACCUCAGAAGAGCCUGAAAAUAAAGAGCAUUCGAAUCCACUCCAUCGCAGGUGUAGGGAAGGGGAACGGGAGCGACCUGAAGGUGAAGAUCAUAGUGAAGCGAGAGCUCGUCUUCCAGUGUGUUUGUGCCAAACAGGAGAACUGUGCGGUGUUUCCUGACACUGGUAACAAUGCGGUGGUCAUCAGUUUACAGGAAGGGCCUGUUGUGACUGGAGAUGUGAAGGUCAUGUUUGAGUCCAGUGCUGGUUUGCCAAAGGGUUACGAGGACUGUCCUUUCUAUUUCUGGUUUAACACCUCUUUUGUUGAGAACAACAGCUUGUAUCUCUCGAGGGAGGAGCUGGACAAUCCACACAAAUCAAAGACCUGGGACAUCUAUAAGGAGGACUUUGGCGUGACGUUGUAUUUCACAGACCCUUGAGAAGAAAAUUCUCUGACUGGAUAUUGUUUACUAUUUUAGUCCUUUUGUAUAAGUAGAUAUAUCUCUUGAGGUAUACUUACGAUAAGCUGCAAACUGAAGCCAGUGUAAACACUCCACAUAAACCUACAGAUAUAUAAGAUUUGAAUGUGUAAUAAAUGUUUUCAUUUCAUUGUA